UUCAAGUGAAAGUCCUCACCACAUGUUGCGUUGCUCGAUGCUGAUACCGUACAGUGCACUCCAAAAUGUCAUCACAGUCAGACGCACUUUCAGAGGAAGCUCUCGAUCAGGAGUUUGAAAGCAUUGUUCAGACAAUUGCAGGAUUAGAACUAACCGAUUGUGAAAUCUACAAAGCUUUUGCACCUUUAAGAUGGCACCUAUUUCGUCGAAAAUGGAUAAAACGAUUGCAACUAGUGGUGGUGAUUGCAGUUGCUGUACUGGCAGUUUGCCACAUUUCGUUCUUGAACUGGAAUGCUUCCGCUGUUGGCAGGCUUGCAAUGAUUAAACUAUUGCCGCAUUGGGAUUGGAGACCUCUCUAUAAGGAACGAUGCUUGAUUAAAGGUUUUCCUGGUGUUGUGCAAAUGCAAAGUAUGACCCAACGAUCAAAAGUGCUUUUCGUGGAUGAUUGUGCAGUUUGUGAAAACAUUGAUACAAUAUCAAAAAUUGAUGCAAUUACUUUCGAUUAUCUGAAUGAGCACCAUCUGUUGAGAAGUUUGCCUGUUUUAAUCACCGAUUCACAUAUUCAGUGGAAAGACAGAACUUGGAAAAAUAUGUCCAGCUUCGUAGAAUCGAUUGAACCUUUAAUUUUGAGCAGACCUUGUAAUGUGCAAACCAAUUUAAUAUUUGGUAUUCACUCCUCCAAAAAAUCAAAAAACACAAUGGCCGAUCUUUACGACAUGCUUUUGAAUGUUCAUAAAAACGAUUCAUGGUUCCUGCAUUUUCGAAAUUGCGAGCAUAAAACGAUCAAAAUAACUCGAUUGCUGUUCGGUAAACCCUACUUUUAUCCAGCCCACCUGGAGAUGCCGUAUACAACGUGGAUAAUCAUGUCAAACAACUAUCGAAAAAUAUCACCAAGGGAUUUAAAUCUGGAUGGACUUAUUGUUGUGAUGCAGCUGAAAGGAUCAAUUCGUGUAACUUUAAGGGCGAAAGCCAAAUGCGAUCAAAUAUGCAGUGAGCUCGUAGCAGUUAUACACGAAGGAGAAUCAUUAGUGUACUCCACUAAACUCUGGAUGACGGAAUAUAUGCCAACAAAUACAACUGACACAUCGAUAAGCUUCGUAACGGAAACCUAUGAAAGUAGAAUGUAAAUGUAACAAUAUGAAUUACAAAUACAGAUUGAGGGUCGUCCAUAAACCACGUGGUUAUUUAGAAGAGACAAGGGGUUCUGGUCAAAGACCUCAGUUCAAACAAAUUAAAAAAAAUGUAUGGCCCAAAAACCACGACGGGAGAGUGGGUUCAUAAAUCCAAAAAAAUGAUCACGUGGUUUGAAACAGCCCCUAAGGUAAAUUGUUGUAUUUUUUUGGGGGUUUGUGUAUCUUCCUAAAACUAUGGUACUGAAAAAUUACAUGCCUAAUAUUCGCAUUAAAACGCAUCUUGUUGCAAAAUUACAAGCAAUUACAUACAAACAUUACGUGACGAAGAGAAUACAUCAAUCGAAAAUAAAACAAUUUCUUUACCUAAUAUUUGGUUUCAGAAUGGUAUUUCUUCAGACUUUGAUAACGCUUACCCACAAAACCCGUAUUUCCAAAUAGUUCAUUACCAUAUUUAAUGUGGAUAAGAAAUUUUUUAAUUCAAUAAGAGAGGCUUUUUUUUGGAGAAUCAAAUACAGGAUUACCAGAUUACAUAUAACAGGGUUCUGCUCUCCGUUACGUAAAAUAAAUUUCACGAUUCAAAAAAUCAAAUUUUCAUACAAGAGAGGAUGCGUUUCCUAGACAAGUAUACUCCCGUGCAAACGUUUGGGUUCACCCCCUCAAAAACGUACAAAAGUGUUCUGUCCAUAUCUCUGUGAUUACACGUCCAAUUGAAAC